AUGCACGUCAAGACUAUGUUCAGUCUGGUCGUGCAGGCUCUUGCCUUCUUCAGUGGAGCAGCAGGUCUGCCUUCAGGGCAAUAUUCCGACUACGAAACAGGGUUCAGAGACAACGAUCUCACCUCCAACCAUACAGAUCUCAUGAUUCGCCAAAAUGCAAAGCCUGCCUUGAGAAUUUUACCCUUGGGCGCAUCUAUUGUCAGCGGUGUCGGAUCGAGCACUGGUAAUGGGUAA